UUGAGCCGCCGCUGUUACUCAAAAACCGUUGCCCCGGAUAAACGUGUCGUUCCGUUCCGUGUAGAGUCUCUUAAGUUUCUCGAUGUCGUCCGCGUGAAGGGGGGGUCUGCGAAUCACAGUUAUUUUAGUUAGUCCGAGUGCUUGGCCACAGAUCUUAGACACACGAUCCUAGCAUUCAGUUCAGUUCAUCCAUCCAUUCGGUUAGUUAGUCAGUCAGAGUUAGUCAGGGAAGACAAACUCCUCGACUUCUGGGGAGUCCGAUAAUCGGUAUUUAUCGGUGUUUUUUGCGCGAUUUUUCCCCCUGCAUUCCGUACCGCGUCAUUGAUUGUGUUGGUGCAUUUGUGUGGAGUGUUUUCUUGGAAUCCAACUUCUUUCGGAGUGUACAGAAAAUAUAUUUAAGAAACGUUUGCAAAAAUACAACAACAAAAUAUCCACUCGAAAGAGUGGAGACAAAAAUACAAGUUAUAUAAGGCCGAAACCGGAUUUAUCAUUCAUGCGACUGCGACUACGACUGUGUGGCAUAUAUUAUACAAAGUAUAUACAGAUGUGGCCAAAACAAAAACUGAACAACAGAAUGCUUGGAUAAACAACAAUAACCCACACUCCGGCAAUCCGAUCCCAACCUCAACCGAUUUAUAAAUGAUCGUUCAUCAAUUUAAUUUAAUCAAUAAUCGAACUAAUGAAAAAGCAUAACUCAAAUUCAAUGAACAAAUAAAUAAAACUCAACUCAAACGAACGAUCCAAUAAAUAAAUCAAAAAUCAAUAAAAACAACAAAAGAAUACAACAAAAACAGAAAAAAGAACAAACGAAAAGUACUCGGCCAUCUGGCAACGCUUUUCUACACUCAAAAAACGGAAGCUUGUAACGGUUAUUCCACAGAAUUUACUCACGCCUCGAUCCUCACGAUCCUUGUAAGUGCGAAAGAGCCAGCAAGCAAAAGCCAUGGGAAACUCAUCGUCACACACGCACGAACCACUGGAGCGCGGCUUCACACGCGGAAAAUUUGGUGAUGUUAAAAAUGGGAAAUCCGCCUCCUUUCGGUUUAGUAAAAAAUCCCCAAAGAAAAUGGAUCGUUUGCGUCGCUCUUUUCGCGACUCAUUCCGUCGGCGCAAGGAUCGUGUGCCCGAAUCCUCGAAGCCGCAUCAGUGGCAGGCCGACGAGGAGGCCGUUCGAUCGGCCACCUGCUCCUUUGCCGUAAAAUAUCUCGGCUGUGUGGAGGUCUUUGAGUCGCGCGGCAUGCAGGUGUGCGAGGAGGCCCUUAAGGUGUUGAGGCAAUCGCGACGUCGUCCUGUGCGUGGACUGCUUCAUGUCAGCGGCGAUGGCCUGCGCGUGGUGGAUGAUGAAACGAAGGGCCUGAUUGUGGACCAGACCAUCGAGAAGGUCAGCUUCUGUGCCCCGGAUCGCAAUCACGAGCGUGGCUUCAGCUACAUUUGUCGUGAUGGCACCACGCGGCGCUGGAUGUGCCAUGGAUUCCUCGCGUGCAAGGACUCUGGCGAGCGUCUCUCCCAUGCGGUGGGCUGCGCCUUUGCCGUGUGUCUGGAGCGCAAGCAGCGCCGGGACAAGGAGUGUGGCGUGACAAUGACCUUUGACACGAAGAACUCGACGUUCACGCGCACGGGCUCGUUCCGGCAGCAGACGCUGACCGAGCGCCUGGCCAUGGCCACCGUGGGGACCAACGAGAGGAGUGUGGAUGGGCCAAUGUCCGCACCGGUGAUGGGGCCGCCGGCAGCCACCGUGAAGCCGUUCAAUCCGUUCGCCAUCGAGCGACCACAUGCCACGCCCAACAUGCUGGAGCGUCAGGGAUCCUUCCGCUUGAGCACCAUCGGCAGCCAGUCGCCGUUCAAGCGACAAAUGUCGCUGCGUGUCAACGAUCUUCCGUCCAACGCCGAUCGCCAGAAGGCCUUCCUGGCCGCCGCCGCCGGCAAUCCGUCACUGCACACGCCGCUCCGCAGUGUCUCGCCCAUUGCCGAGGUGUCGCCAGCUAAAUCUGCCGGUGAGUCUGCCGCCGCCGCUGCGGCUGCCGAUUCCGUGAGUCAGCUGUGCCAGGAGCUCAGCCAGGGUCUCUCGCUGCUGACCCAAACGGACGCCUUGCUGGCCGCCGCUGCCGGCGAUGACCUCAACUUUAACAACAAUCGCAGCAUCAAUCAGAACAUCAUUGCGGCCGAGAAACAGCAGCAGGUAAUCUCAUACAGCAGCGCACCCACGGCGCAGGUGACGCCCCGUGUGGUAAGCACCACGCCCACUUAUCAGUCGCUCUCCUCGCAGUCGCCCACGCGAUCGGAGCACAGUUCGGAGCCCACUGCGGAGCUGCCCAAUGCGGAUCAAUGGCUGGGACAAGUGGUGCGGAGUACCUCGCCAGCAGCGGCCUCAGCUCCACCCAAGCGACCCACCUACCUGGCCAAUGUUGGACGCGCCCAGACGCUGGCCGCUGGAGGUGCUUCCGGUGGCGGUGGUGGAGGACCCGAGGAUCCCUUCGAUGCCGAAUGGGCGGCCAAUGUGGCGGCGGCCAAGAAACUAUCGCCGGAUAUGCCGGUGGCCGGUGGCACUGCUCGCUCGCCGAUGCAUGCCACCCGGCACAGCACCAAUCCGUUCAUCUCACCGCCCAAGGCGCCGGCGCAGACAUUCCAGGUGCAACUAUAGAGACAGGGAGAGAGAGAGAGAGAUGUAAUCCUAGCUGAUUACGAGGGGGUCAAAGUGUCGUACACUUGAAAAAAACACAGAGAGGGACAGGCAGCCAAGCACACGGGAUAGAGGAUUGCAGAAUGCAGGAUGGAUGGAUGAAUGAUUAUCACAGUA